UCCGUCCAGCUUACAUAAAUCUCCAAACAAUAACACGACGACUGCUGCAGGAAUCUGCUGCCGGUACCUCCCCGAGCUGGACGACUGUAAGCAUCCCUGUGUCAGAAGUCGUCAUGAGGUUGUGUGUAGUUGCUGUAGUCGUUCUGGUCCUGCUGGCUGGCGUCUGUGACGGCAGGCGGAGACGUGGGAAACGACAACGACGUGUGCAGGGGGACAGGUCGUCAAGGGAGUGGCCAUCAACUCAGAACUGGAAAUCUUUUCUGGACAGACUGAUGGGAAGACUGGGCACCCGGAAGUAUGGUUUCGGCCUUGGCCAGGACGAGGACAGUGUCUUUAACUUCGACUUCGGCUGGAACCAACCGUCCAGAGACUGGUGGAAGGGCCCAAACGUGUGCCUCACCAAGACGGAUGAGGAGACGAACACGACGGUGACAGGGGUUGGGACCAUCGCCCGUCACUUUAGCUUCCACAGUCACGUAUGUGACGAGACCGAGUCUGCCUAUAAAUGCACCAUCACGUCAAAGGUCAUGGACAAGCAGAGGUUGGUGACGGAAGUGUACGAGUGUUGCCGUGGAUACGCGAGAAAGCAAGCUGAAUUUGGCUGUCCGAGAAAGGUGCAGCUGAGGGACCUGGUGGGCACGAUCCGGAAUCUGGGGCUCACUGAGUUCCUGCGUGCUGCUGACAGCGUGUCCCUCACUGAGGAGUUGAGACAGGGGAACUUCACCCUCUUCGUCCCAGAAAACAAGGCCUUCAAGGACCUGACCAGCGCUCUGCCGGAACUGAAGAAAAUUAUGCCGAAGGACAUGCCAAAUGUGGUGAUGGUGUCCAAGCCAGUGUCCAACCUGGUGUUGACGGACACUCAGAACCUCCUCCUGGGCCACAUGGCUUCCGGUCAAUACAAGAUCAGCAACCUCCAGGACGAGCAGCUCGUGGAGACCGGAAGUCCAUACAAGUCCAAGGUCAGGGUCAACUUCUACGAGGGUCCACAGAGGCUGAUGACGGCUAACUGUGUCCGAGUCAAGACUGCCGACAUCGUGGCCACCAACGGCGUCGUUCACAAGAUAGAGUCGCUACUGCAGCCUGUCACUGGUACCAUCGUCGACAUCAUUAGCAAGUCGCCACAGUUCGGCAUCCUUAAGACCGCUCUAGCCCGUGCAAACCUGGUCCAUAUGUUCCGAGACGAGGGCCAGUUCACACUGUUCGCCCCUACAGACGCCGCCUUCAAGAAGAUGUCUCCUCAGCUCCUGGAGAAGCUGUUGGCUGGAGAACAAGAGUGUCUGCAGAAGGUGCUGAAGAACCAUGUUUUACCCAAUGUCAUCUGCUCUGCGGUCAUCCAAGGGCACGCCAAGUCUUACAACCUCCUCAACGCCUACAUCAACCUCACCCGCGACGACAACGACAAGGUGUUUGUCGACAAGGCGCAGAUUGUUCAGAAGGACCUGAUGGCAACGAACGGCGUCAUCCACCUGAUUGAUGAUGUCCUCGUACCCGACGAAGCCCUGCGGAUAACGGACAUUGUUGAGAAGCACGGAGCAACCCUCAUCCUUGGCCUUCUGAAAGAGGCUAAAAUGAUGAAUGACCUUCAGAAGGCCAGCAAUGUCACCUUCUUUGUCCCCUCCAACAAGGCUAUCCAGGCCCUCCCGGAGGAGACUGUCAGCGCCCUCAGGGCCGACCCCGCCCACAUGAGACAGCUUCUUCAGUACCACAUCGUCCCUGAACGCGUCUCCUUCAACGCCCUCUACAACAACUUCCUCCUCGACACCUCCAACUCCGACAAGAAGAUCAGGAUCAACGAAUACUCCUCGUUCCCGUUCGGAACCGACUGGCAGCAGACUGCCCAAUGUUCUCCUGUGUCAACAAAGAACGUGGAGUCGUGUAAUGGCGUCAUCAACAUUAUCGACAAGGUGAUGAUCCCGCCUACCGGCAACGUGAUUGACGUCCUGGCGCUAGACUCGCGCUUCUCCCAGCUCGUGGGCCUCAUCAAGAAGGCGGGCCUGGCUGACCAACUCCAGGGUGACGGGCCUUUCACCGUGUUUGCCCCGACCAAUGAAGCCUUCAAGGCUCUCGGCAAGGACGCUGUGAAGACGUUGCGGAAUAACACCGGGGAGUUGAGGUCGGUUCUGAAGAACCACCUGGCCAAUGAUGCCCUGUGCUGUGCAAGCAUCUUCAAGAACGGCUGGUACGGAAGUCCGAGACUCAGGACUGUUGGGGGCGAGGUGUUCCGCCUUGAGCGACGCAGCGAUGACUACAUCAGGAUAGGCUCCGCCAUGAUCACCGAGUGCGACCACACCGGCAGGAACGGUGUUGUCCACGUCAUCGACCGCGUGCUCGUGGAGGGGGAGAGACAGCAAAUGCUUGCGAGGCUGCUCGGGAGGGGCCGUGGGGACCGGAGGAGGGACCGCAGAUGGCGGCGACACUUCUCGCCCUAGGAGCACCAACCGACCAUCAGCAGCAGACGAUCUGGUAACCAUGACGACAAGAACCGAAUCCAAAGCCAAAUUACUGAGACUUCAACUGCAAGAUCAGUUUGUCUGUCAGCUAUGUUCGGUUUGAUGAUGUUGAGGGAAUGUUUGUCUUAACCUUUGGGUGGAAAUUUACUUCAUUGUCCUCCCAUCUGUUUCUUGCAUACUGACAUGUCUUCCACCGCCAUGUGUUCUACAGCUAGGUGAUUUACUGCAAGGUGUUUUACCACCAGGUGUUCUACAACCAUGUGUUCUACCGCCAUAUGUUCUACACCUAGGUGUUCUCCUGCGAGGUGUUUACCACCAGGUGUUCCACAGCUAGGUGUUCUACUGCCAUGUCUUCCACCGCCAUGUGUUAUACACAUAGGUGUUCUCCUGCAAGGUGCUCUACCACCAGGUGUUCUACCGCCAUGUGUUCUACACCUAGGUGUUCUACCUCUGUGAUGUGUCAGGUGUUCUGUCUUUGUUAAACUGCGAUCUGCUCUUUUCACAUAGAAGAUGAUCGCCUACAUAGGUUAAGGUCGUUGACAGGAAUUUCACUCCGUCACAACCUAUCCCGGGAGACCAGGCUGGCCACAGUUCUGUUCAGGUUCCGGUUCCGGGUUGGAUUCAGGUCAAAUUCAUUCAACAUUGACCUUAAUUGUAGAUGAAUCAAUUCAUUAUCACCCUCACCAAACAAAAGCAAUGUCUGAGUUUCACACACGGCAUGCAUGAUGAGUAGACGGUGACUGUAACAAGGCCAUGGAGUAUAGUCCCUCCUUCACCAGCGUUCUGUACAUAACCUGGUGUCUCUGUGCAUGGCAAUGUUUACCCCAUACAUGUAUUUCAUACACCUUCGACUGGACAGGGCUCCACCCAGAUACUCACAUUUAUAAUCUUUCUAAUAAAAUAUGCAAUUUA